AGAAAUGAAACGGAAUAACUCUUUGUACACGAGAGGAAAUGGAAUUAAAUUCGAGAAAAUCAGCGAGAUGCCAGUAGUCUUUAUUCGCCUCUUCAAGAACUUUAAAUUCCUCUUCUUGACUCUGGCUGCAUGCUGUGAGGGCAUCAUCUUUUCCGGAAUGGCUGCUUUCAUGACUAAACUUUUACUACAACAGUUUGGCUUAGGGCCAAAAAAACAGGCUAUAUAUAAAGCUACUCUGGCUAUACCCAGCUCUCUUAUCGGAAUAUUAGGAGGUGGUUGGGCCAUCAAGUACUUUGGCAUGAAUCUUCAACAGAUGUUGGUCAUGAUUGUCUGCCUAGUUUCGCUCAGCUUCCCUUGCAUCGGCGCAAUGUUCAUCUACUGCGAUAACAAUGAUCUUGUGGGGCUUUCUGAAUCUGACAAUAAUAUGAUAGAAAAAAUCAAGCUUCAAUCCGAAUGUAACAAAGAUUGUGAUUGUGAUGAUACAUUUUUCUUUCCUGUCUGUGGACAUGACAAUCUGACCUACUUCUCAGCUUGUCACGCAGGAUGCUCAAGGAAAGAAGUAAAAGACAGUAUUGAUAUGUUCUAUGACUGUAAAUGCAUCUUGAACAAACCAAGCAGCGGACCAGAGGCUGUGGAAGGAUUCUGCAUGGACAACUGUCCCAGUUUGGUCUUCUUUAUAAUGCUGGUAUUCACAUACCAGACAUUGUCAUUCUUCUGCGUCAUCCCCACUAUCACAGCAACUCUAAGGGUCGUCCAUGGCGAUGUGAGGUCCCUCGCAAUCGCCUUACAGUGGGUGAUGGGCAGGCUGCUGGGUACCAUACCUGGACCUCUGCUCUUCGGCAAAGCUAUAGAUGAAUCCUGCGGCUACUGGCAACGGAACUCCGACGGUAGUCUUGGCAACUGUCUUCAUUAUGACCAUCUUACCUUAAGCAGGAAUUUGGCAUGCUUGAUGUUCUUCAGUAAAGGACUUCAGAUAACAUUUUUUGCAAUAGCCCUCAAACUAGCGAUAAAAACACAGCGUGAAAGAAUGGCUGAGGAUCCAGGCUUAGUUCGAAGCACAAUUUGGUGA